UUAGAAUUUUUUUAUUCUCCAAAAAAUGAGUUUUUUUUUAUUCUCUUUUCUUUUUCAUGGUGAUUUUCUCAUGAAAAAUGAUUGAAACUCGUGUUAACUUACAACUUCUCCAUCUGAAUGUACAUAUUCAACUUUAAUCAUCUUUUAAUCUUCUUCAUUUACAAACAUCUCCAUUUUUGUUAAUCUCUUUCUCUGUCUCGGCUUUUUGUUUUUUUCUCUCGCCAGUAUUGGUUUCCCUAUCUAUCUUUUUUUUUCUUCUUCUAUUGUCAUAAUAGUAAUUAUAAGUGUCUUUGAUUUAUUAUUAUUUCUAUUCUUUUUGGACAUUUUUCUUCUACUCUCAUCCAUCUUAUGUGUUCACUUUGGUUUCUCUCUUAUGAUCGACAAACUUUUGUCAUAACCAAUUUUUUGGAUUAACUCAAAUCAAAGGAGAAAAGAGAAAAAAGAAUAAAAAAUAAAUUCUUUUCUCUUUUCUUUUUCUUCUUCUGAUAUUUAAUAUACCAACUCAUUGGCUAAAAUAACUGCCUAUGUGUUAUGAGUGCUAAUCUUUACUCUAAAGAAAUUGUUGCUCUUCUUCUUGUUAAUUGUCACCUAAGUGUAGAGUGUCUGUGUUCAUUUAUCUCCCCCAAUGGUUUAAAUUUAAAGGAAAAAUUAUCAUGACUUUUUUUCGACAACUUUGUGAAUUUGGCUGAAUAAAGUUCAGUUUAAAUCAGUGACAACACCAUAAUUUUAAGGAAGAGGGCAAAGAAAAAAGGAAUAUCUAUAAUUUACAAGCUCUGUAACUUUUUCUUUUUGUGUGUUCUCUUCUCUUUCGGGUUUACUCACCAUCUUCAUAGAGAGAAAAGAUUUCUCAGUGAUCCAUCUUUUUUUGGGUAAACUUUUUCUAUCUUCUCUUACUCAUCAUAUUUUGCCCUUCUCUCUUUCUCUUCUUGGUUUACCCCGUGUUUUGUUUUCCUUUAUCCAUCAUCACAAUCAUUAUCAUCUAUAUCUCCUUCCAAUCUACUCGACUUUUCCUGUGUGUGUCCAUUUUGUUUCAAUCAAUCUUUUUUUUUCUUGAUCUCUUUUUCUUAAUCUUUCUCACUAAUCUAUCGCUCUACCAAAAAACAACAUCAACAAAAUCUCAUCUUGUGUGUUGUCUUAAUGUCUUUGGUGAUUAUCGGCUUAUAGCCAGGAAACUGAGAUAAGAGAUAGAUUUAUUGUAUUGAUAAAUUUUGUUUCCAUCUUUGUUUUAUGGAUAAGACUCGACUAAUGGUUCACAAUAUGAUCAAGUUUAUUUUAAUUGUUUUCUGGAUCGUUGUCCCGGACACUAUUGGUGGAUCAAUAUUAGUUGACAAUAAUUCACCUGAAUCACCAAUAACGGAUUCAUCAUUCUGGUCAUCUUCAUCUUCACCGUCCUCUAUAUCAUCAUUAGCAUCAUUGUCAUCACCUUCAUCUAAAAUUAUCAGUAAAUCUGAUGAUAGUUUUUUCACAGAUACUUCUAGUUCAUCAACUUCUUCUACAACUUCAACUACUACAACUACUACAACAACUUCGUCACUACCACCACCAUCAUCAUCUUCCAAUGAUCUGGAUGAAGAUGAAACUAUUUCAAAUGGAGUUAACAACCAUCCACCCAAGUUUAAUCAGUCAACUUAUUCUGCUUCCAUGUUGGAAUCUAGUCAACAAGGAACAGAGGUUGUUCAAGUUUACGCCACCGAUGCCGAUGUUAAAGGAACCAAAUCCUCAAUGAUUCAAUAUCUUCUACUUACUUCUGAUCCACAUUUUUCAAUUUCUUCUGAAACCGGUAUAAUUUACCUAACAGAACCAUUGGACUAUGAGACAACAACAAAACAUCAUCUAAUUGUCGCCGCAUCCGAUCAAGGAUCACCACUUUUAACAUCAACCUGUCAAGUUUGGGUUAAUGUGAUAGAUGUUAAUGACAAUGGUCCCAAAUUUACCAGGGAAUCUUACACAGCGACAAUUUCAGAAGCCUCAUCAAAAGAUAUGUUUGUCACCAAAGUGACAGCAAUUGAUGUUGAUAUAAGUGAUUCUACCGAGGAAAUAUUAAAAUAUUCAAUAAUAUCUGGUGAUUCUUCUGGUACUUUUAAAAUUGAUCCAUCAACUGGAAUAGUUCGUCUUGCUAAAGAUCAAUCCUUCAUCUAUGAUGUUUUCACUUUAAACAUUUCGGUGACUGAUGGUAAACACAAAGAUUAUUCCAGUCUGACAAUCAAAAUUUUAUACGCCAACAAACAAAGUCCCUUAUUUACUCGACCUCUUUACUUUGCCUCCAUUGAUGAAAAAUCUCCCAUUGGAACACGAGUUACAACCGUUGAAGCUUAUGACAAUGAUGAUGGAAUUUAUGCUGAAGUUACUUAUUCUAUUUUAAGUUCCUAUCUAUUAAGAUGGUUUACAAUUGACUCUAAAUCAGGUGAAAUAAUUACAGUCUCACCAAUAGAUAGAGAUAAACAUUCAUCUUUUAGUUUAACCAUUCUAGCCAAAGAUGGUGGCCAUCGAAUUGGUUUAACUGUAGUUAAAAUUACGGUUACCGGUGAUGAUGAAAGUCCACCACAGUUCCUAGUUGAUAAAUAUGAGGUUGCUGUUUGCUCCAAUGUUGCAACUUUAACCAACAUUUUACCUGUGAUUGCAUAUGACAAAAAUUCACUAUCAUCAUCAUCAUCUUCUUCUUCUCGAGGUACAAAAAACCGUAUUUUCUAUUCUAUCUCACAUAUUGGUUUACCUGAGAGUUCAUCAUCAACAUCAGCAUCUUCCGUUGCUUCAUCAACUACCCCCUUCCGGAUUCGUAAAAAGACUGGAUUAGUUUAUGUUCAUGGUAAUUUAUCAAAUUCAAUUGGAUCGGUUUAUACUUUUCAAGUGAAAGCCUGGGAUGAGAAUAGCCUUGAAUCUGUUGUUCCCGUUACAAUUAAAAUCAAUGGACCCUGUAAAUUGGAUGGUGAUCUUGUUGCUUCUUAUGAAGCAACUAUCUCAGAGAUGGCAAAAGUUAAUUCAAUUAUUACUUCGUUGAAUUUUACCAAUCCAGAUAAUUUAGAAUUAACUUUAGCCGGAAUUAACAGUGAUGCCAAUAAAUUUAAACUUGGUGAACAAGGACAAAUAUACUUAAUUGAACCACUUGACCGGGAAACUUUAUCUCGAUACAUUUUGGUUGUGAAAAUUUUUGACAAAUCAACUUACACCAUUAGAUAUUUGAAUACAUUUAUCGAUGUUCUUGACACCAAUGAUAAUGUUCCCAUUUUUGACUCUGAUUCGUAUUAUAUUGAAGUCUCAGAGGAUCAAGAGAUAGACUCAUCUAUUGGUCGGGUUCAUGCUUGGGACGGAGAUGGUGAAGAUUCACAGAAUGCAAUUUUCUACAAAAUCAAAAGAGCUAAAAAAAUGGAUAACUCAGAUUAUUUUGAUAUUGAACCAGAAACUGGAUUAAUUAAACUUCGUUCACCAUUGGAUCGUGAAUUGGAUGAAUGGCAUAACUUAACGGUUACCAUUACCGAUGGUAAAUUUAACAAUAAAACAACACUUUCCAUUAAAGUGAUGGAUGUAAAUGACAAUCCACCGAAAUUUAGUUCAUCAUUUUAUAAUGCCUCAAUUCGUGAGGGAUCACCGAUUGGUAUGGUUGUGACAACAAUUGAUGCAUCAGACGCUGAUGAUGCAAGUCUCAAUUCACUUAGUUAUUUCAUCACCUCAGGGGAUUCAUUUAAUCAAUUCACAAUCUCAAAUACUGGUGAUCUUAUUGUGAAUAAACCUUUAAACCGAAAGAAAGUAAACUCUUUCCUGUUAACCAUCUUGGUCUCCGAUACUAAGUACAAUGCAACAACCUCAGUUUCCAUUGAAAUUCUUGAAGCAAUGGGACCAAUUUGCCGGAAAAGUGAAUAUGUUGAAAUUGUUUCCGAAGAUAUUGAACUUGGAAGUGAUAUUUUAAAAAUAGAAGCCGAAUCAAAAGAUGGACCAGUAACCGAUGCCAAUGUUCAACUUUAUUAUAGUUUAUUUUUAAAUACCGAUAAAGUUCCUAUUAGCUCUAAUCUAAAUGAAAAUGGUCUAAUCAGUCCAGAAGAUACCUCAGAGUUGCCUUUUGCUUUGAAUUCAAGGACUGGCGUUUUAACAGUUAUCGCUCCCCUGGAUCGUGAAAAAAAAUCAACAUACUUCCUGUUAGCCAAAGUUCAUGAUGAUAAAGAACGUGAAAAUAUGUGUUCCUCUGCAAUAGAGAUAAUUGUUUCAGAUGUUAAUGAUAAUGAGCCAAAUUUUACCUCUGACCUUUAUAAAGUUUCCAUCCCAGAAGAUGUUCAACUUGGUAUUGUUGUUGGUAAAGUUCAAGCCGGUGAUUCAGAUCAAGGAAGAAACGGUGAAAUUCAAUAUAACCUAGAAGAUUCAUCAAAUGAAACAUUUACAAUUGACUCGGAUACCGGUUUAAUUAGACUUAAUAAACCUUUGGAUAGAGAAAAAGUUUCCAUCUAUAAUUUAACGGUGAAGGCCAUUGAUUUAGGUUUACCACCUCUUUCAUCAUCUGUUAAAUUUAUUGUCACCCUUGAGGAUGUAAAUGAUAAUUAUCCAACUUUUACUACCAAUAUGUACAAUGUUUCCGUGUUGGAAAAUGUUACCAUUGGCAGUGAGAUUACAACAAUUGAGGCAACCGAUACCGACAUUGGGUCAAAUGCUAAUCUAACCUAUACCAUUGUUGAUGGUGAUGAAGAUAAUCGUUUUAUCAUCCAUCCAAAAACUGGUAUCAUUGCUGUUACCAAACUGUUAGAUCGUGAAGCAAUAGCCAAUUACCUUAUAACCGUAAAAGCAGUUGAUUCUGGUUCACCUCCAUUAUCAAAUAAAACUAAAGUUAAUAUAACAAUAGUUGAUGUUAAUGAUAAUGGUCCUGUUUGUGGGCAAAGUAAAUACGUUGAAAUGGUAUCAGAAAACACUCAACCCGAUACCUUUUUAUUGAAAAUUAUUGCCUCUGAUCCAGAUGAUGGACCAAAUGCCCAACUUUAUUUCAACGUAUCUCUUGACCCUGCCGAUCCUGAUUCUGGUAAAGAAUUGACCAAUUCAAGUUAUCUACCAUUUUCAAUUGACUCUAGUACGGGUAACCUUAAAGUUUCUGGUUCUCUUGAUAGAGAGGAGAAAGCACAUUAUCUCCUUUUAAUUGUGGCCCAUGAUAAUCUUGAAAGGGAUCGAACCUGCUCUUCAACGGUUGAACUUGUAAUUUCUGAUGUAAAUGACAAUCCACCAAUGUUUACAAGUGUUGAAUCAUCUUUCUUGAUACCAGAAAAUACACCAAUUGGUACAUUUGUUGGUAAAAUAUCAACUAUUGAUCAAGACAUUGGCUCAAAUGGAGAAGUUAAAUUUUCAAUUUCCACCCUGGGUGAUGACAAUGAAGGAACAUUUAGUAUUGAUGAAAGAAGUGGAACAAUUUUCACCGCUAAACCAUUGGAUCGAGAAACAAUUGACCGUUACUCUGUUUUAAUCACUGCCACUGAUUCUGGUGUUCCACCACUUUCAACAUCUAAAGAAUUCACAAUUGAUAUUUUAGAUAUUAAUGAUAAUGCACCUAAAUUCACUGAAAGUCAUUAUACAACUUCCGUUUAUGAAAAUGUUUCCGUUGGAAUAACUUUAAUCCGAGUAACGGCAACCUCAGUAGAUACCGGAAUCAAUGAAGACAUUACUUACUCAAUAAUUGCCGGUAAUGAGGAAAAUUGUUUCACUAUUCACCCUAAAUCUGGUUCAAUAUCAGUUGUUAAAUCAUUGGAUCGGGAAACUAUUCCUGAAUUUAUAUUAACCAUAAAAGCAGAAGAAGAUUCUGUUAAUGGUGGAGGUGGAGGUGGUAAAAUUGUUGCUCAAGAUCUUCCUUCAUUAUCAUCAGAGGCUAAAGUAACAAUUACCAUUUUAGAUGUUAAUGACAAUUCACCUCUCUUUAGUCAGACCAGUUAUUCAGCAGUUAUCCGGGAAGACACCCAUGUUGGUGAGAAAAUUAUCCAAAAAGUUGCCACCGAUGCUGAUAUAAAGGAAAAUGGUCAAAUCAAUUAUUUCUUUAAAGCUUCAUCUCUCAAUUCGGGAACCGGUGAAAUGUCCUAUUAUCAAACAAAAUAUAAAGAAUUUGAAUUAGAACCUAAAACCGGAAUCAUUACCGUGGCAUCACCUUUAGAUAGAGAAAUGAUUUCAUCUUAUAUUAUGGAGGUUGUGGCCAUAGAUAAAGGAUCACCAUCACUCUCAUCAUCCAUCUUGAUUACAAUUGAGCUAUCAGAUGUUAAUGACAAUCCACCUAAAUUUGACCAAACCAAUUAUACACUUUACAUUCAGGAAACUAAAAAAGUUGGUGAUGUAAUUCAAAGAUUUAUCCUCACUGAUCCUGAUAGUCAUAUCAACAGUGGACCCUUUUCACUUGAUAUAGUUGAAGGAAAUCAAGAUGGAACCUUUGGUAUCAAAGUUAUCGGAGAAAUGGCUCUAAUAUUGACCUCACCUCUUAACAGGACUAAGCAAAGUUUAUAUCAGUUGAUGAUUUGUGCUACUGAUGCAGGAUCUCCUCCCUUAUCAUCUAAUUCAUGGGUUACCAUAUCAGUUGAGGAAGAGCCUCGUCCCACUCCUGUGGCACCUAUAGUCCAGAACUUUUUACCAAACUCAAGUCCCAGUCCUGUUCCAAGCCAAAAUCCAGUUCCAAUUCCAGACUCAGGUCCAGGUCAAGGACCAAAUGCAAAUCCAACAAAUAUUCUGGGAAAUUAUCGAUGUAAUUGUUCUGUUGAUGUUUCAUCAUCUUCUUCUUCUUCUUCUUCUUCUUCUUCUUCUUCUUCUUCUUCCUCUUCCUCUAACACUAUCGAUUCAACAAUGAGAACUAAAUGUGCCAAUCAAAAUCUUAACUCCAUUUAUUCUGUAGAUCGAGCUUUUCUUUGGGAUGAUCUCAUUUUACCUGGAAUCUUUCUGAUCGUUAUGCUAUUCUCAUGCUUGGUUAUUGGUGUUUGCUGUUGCUGUUUCAAUCAUCACUCAGCUGUAUCCAAAUCGAGACGUCGGAAUAACAAUCGUAUUCCACCAAGCGGUUAUCGAGGUGGUUUAGAAGGUGAUGAAUUUUUAUUGGAAAGUUGUAAUGCUUUUCCAUCCGAUAACAGUGGUAACCUGAAAAGAUUCUCAAAAAUGAGUGGAGUUGAAUCUUCAGCUCUUCUUGGUCAUAGGCCUUUCUCCACCGAACCUUUACCAAAUCAUCAUUUCCACCAAGCCCUUCAAGCAGCCGCAGCCAAUGGAGGAGGUGGAAUCGGAGGUGUUGGUAUAAUGAAUACACCCAAUGGACAGAUUAUCAGUGGUGGUUGUGGAGGUAUUGGUAUAGCAAAUAAUAAUAAUAAUGGUCAAACAGGGUUGAUUAAUAAUCGUCCAAAUUCAUUUCAUGAAACAAUGAAUAAUUUUGACGAAAUGAUCCGAACACCUUUAAGUGAACGAGCCUCAAGUGGGCCUGAUUCACGAACUAAAAAGCGUUCAAUCCCUAAAAAUUCACCAACAGUCUUACCAACCCCACCUUACCCCGAAACUGAAUCUAGUCAUUUAAUACCUUCUAACGAAGGUAAAAUUCAAAACAAUAUAAAUGGUACCAUGUGGACCAAUUGUUCAAAUGGAGGAUCAUCUGCCGGAAUGGAAGGUUUCAGUGGAGAAAGUUCAAUUGUCAGCGAUGGUGUUGAUAGUUAUUGUAGUAACACUUCAAUUAACCACCAUGACAGUGGACCACCGGAAGGAGUUGCGAUUGGUAAUCAUGCUUACACCGCAUCUCAUCUUGAACCUAAUCAACCGGUUGUCAACGCGAUUCUAUCAACAACACCCAACGGAAUCUAUGCCAACACUGGUUAUCAUCAAUAUCACUCAUAUGCUCCUAUUCAGCAUACUCAUCCUCAAAACUUAACUUACCGAAAGGGUACAUCAUAUACCAAGGCCAUGACGGACAAUCUAUCAUCCCAAGGAUCUAAAAGUGAUACAAUGAAUCAAUCAAAUCCAAGCGAUUUAAAUACUGACGAUGAAACUUUAAAUAACGAUCACGAUGGUAAAAGAUCAGAUGGAUUAAAUAUACCAGUUGAUGGUAUUAUCGCAAUGCCAAUCGAUCCUUACCUAACCAAAUGAACGUUAUAUUGUCAGUGAUAUUUAUGUGUAAAAAAAACAAUCUAAAAGAUGAACUCCUAAAAAAACAAAACAAUCAAACCAUCAACAAUUUAUUUAUAUAAAUUAAUGUCCUUAAGUUAUUAAUAAUCAUAAUGAUGUAAAAAAAAUCAAGAUACAAAUCAAAUUGUAAAUGAAAACAAUAUCUACCUGAUAUAACAUUUGGUCCAUGGAAAAGCAAAGAUCAAGGAGGAGGAGGCCUAAGAAAAAAAGAGCAUUAACUUGAUCUAUUUCUAUUUUCAACUUUAAUCAUAACUGUAAAUUCAUCGUCAUCUCAUCUCAUCCAAAAUUAUAUCAGAUUGAUUUCUCUGCGAAAAUAAUUAAUCUCAUGGAUCCCAACACAAGCAUUUAAACACUGUCGUAACCAUGAUAUUUAUACAUAAAUAUCAUAACCAUUUUCACUCUGAAGAUCUUCAAAAUUUCUAUGAUAUUAACUUAUCAAAAUCUCUUUUUCGACUUUUUUUUAUAAAAAAAAUGUAAAUUCAAACCAACAGGAGAAAUCAACAAACGCAAACACAACAAAAAAACAUAACAUUUACACAUGCGACUCUAUUUUCUAGUCUAAUUUUGUGUAACGAAAAAACAAUUUCUAUGAAUUAAAAUAUAUUGUGAUAUAGAAAACUGAAUAAUACAAAAAAAAACUAAA